CGUGGUCGACAUACAACGACUUCUCGAACAUUUCAAACGUAAGUCUUAUCCUGCAAGAUUUCUUCGUCACGUAGAGUCGUGAUUUGCAAUUGCUAGUGAAAAUCGAUUGUUGCAUCAUUGCAUAGGUAGCACGCUAUCCUCUCCAGGGCAUAUCCGUAAUUAUGUCCAAGAAAAGGCCUUUCCUCGUCAAUUCGCAUCCUUGAUUUUGGGCUUAUAAAAAGCACCGCUUUGGCUUAUUCCCUGCUUACACCAAACGCAUUGUUUUACGAUACAUUUGAGAGAGAAAAUCUCGUGAAUUUCCCAAGACUAGAGAGAGAAAAUGGCUUCCGUUGAAGAGGGACAGGUGAUUUCUUGCCACUCCGUCGACGAGUGGAAGGAGCAUUUCCAGAAGGGUGUCGACUCCAACAAACUGGUGGUAGUGGAUUUCACAGCUUCAUGGUGUGGGCCAUGCCGCUUCAUUGCUCCUAUUCUGGCCGAGAUAGCCAAGAAGACACCCCAUGUUAUAUUCUUGAAGGUGGACGUUGAUGAGCUUAAGACUGUAGCUCAGGAGUACAACAUUGAGGCGAUGCCGUCAUUUUUGUUCAUCAAGGAGGGAAAGGAGAUUGACAGGGUUGUGGGUGCUAGGAAGGAAGAUCUCUUAGCUAAGGUUACCCAACAUGGUGGUGCUGCUCUCACUGCCUCUGCUUGAUUAUGAUAUUUAUAUGUAGUUGUAUGUUGUGAUGAAUGUAAUAAUUGACUCUAGUGUCAUGUUUGUAUGCUCUGUUUUUAUUUGAAUCUUUCAAGAUAAUGUAACAGAUUAUCCACUCUUAGAUAAUGUUUGUUCCUUGUCGUUUAUGUGUCA